AUGGAUAAAACGCCAGACCUCGUCGACCCCCGGCAAGUCGAGUUGUUUGACGCUCUAGAACAACUGGCAACUCUCGAUGUUGCGCAUGAUAUCGAGAUUCCCCAGCUGAUUGUGGUCGGUGACCAGAGUAACGGCAAGAGUUCUGUCCUGGAAGCACUUGUCCGGUCCCAUUUCCCGGUGUCUGAGCGGACUUGCACCAGAUUCCCAAUAAAGCUGAUCCUCAGGAGAUCCAACGAGACGCUGCUGAAAGUUAAAAUCGAACCAAGCAAGGACAUCAAACGGAGUGCUGGAGAGGAAGCCAAAAUACAAGAAUUCAGCCGUGAAUUGUCCUCCUGGGAUGGAUUGGCUAAUCUGGUGGAAGAAGCGACGACUGCGCUUGGAGUAUCUACUAGGACGGAUUCGAAAAAGUCACACAGUUCCACAACAAACAAGCAGCAGAAUGCCAGACAGUAUACAGAAGACGUUCUCAUCAUCGAGAAACAUGGGCCACAUUUACCUAUCCUGAGCUUGAUGGACCUGCCAGGGCUCUUCCAGGCUGAGAGCCCAAACCAAAACAAGAGGAGCCGCGAAAUAGUUGCAAAUUUGGUUGAGAAACAGGUCAGGCAGAAAAAAAACGUGGUUCUACUUAUCAUCAGCGCUAAAACGGAUGUUGCCAACCAGACCGUGGUGAGAACAUUUCAAAAUGUUUUGAAUGAUGACAAGGGACUUCGUGAUCGAGCGAUCGGUGUUAUGACCCACCCAGACCAAGCUGGCGACCUAUUUGAAGAAAUGCAGGAAGUUAUCAACAACGGGCUUGACGCACUAAAGUUGAAGCACAGUUGGCAUGUGGUUCGAAAUCAGAACAAGGAUGAGAGGGAGAAAUCCGAGUCCCUGGACGACAGAGACCACAAAGAAGAAGAGUAUUUCAACGAUUUGGCUUGGCAGCGGGUGCCAGAGGAACGGAAAGGCAUCAGAAAUCUCAGGUUCACUCUCAAAAACGCCAUCUGGACCUGUACACGGGAUGCGCUUCCACGUAUCAUUCUCCAGAUGAAGGAGAAAAUUGCGGACAUCGAUGACCGUGUUAAGGCCUCCAACGAAUCGCGGGCCGAUGACUCCCAACGCCGACGGUACUUGAUCAAUAUGGCCGGAAAGUUUCAGCAGCGGACUAGAGAAGCCGUUCAAGGGACGUACGAAAAUGAGCCCUGCAAAGAAUCUCACUCUGUUGGCUAUUCCUGUCGAGAAUGCAAAGGUUUCUUUCCGGUUCCAACGGAAGGUCCUGAUGACCCGGACGGCCAGAAAACGAAGCUUUGCAGCAAUGUCCGAGGGUUAAAUAUGGAAUUUGCCAUGGCCAUGCGUCGGUUCGGUAAGGCAGAAAUCAUCAGCCGUGCUAUUUGUACGGUAAACGCUGUGAACGAUGAGCAGAGCUCGGCCAAUGAUUCGGGGGACGAACCCGCCAACCAAGCCGAUCGCUUCCCACCGCAGGAAGCCAUGAUUAAGUACUACACACACACCGAACCCAAAUCCAUUGACCCAAAAGAUUACGAAAAGAAGGUGGUGGACAUCAUUAAGCGCAAUCGGGCGAGAGAGCCCAUUGGGGAGGCAAGCUCGACCGUAUACCGUGACCUCUUCCUGCAUCAGUCAGCACGUUGGGAGACAAUAGCUACUCAACACAUCCGUGCUGUCUGGGAGGCAACAGAAACAUUCAUCAACCUGGUCCUCAAAGACGUUUGUGUGGACCAGAAAGUUCUCCGGUCCUUACGGAACAAGAUCGUCAAACCGAAUCUCGAGAAGUUGCAGAAGAAAGCCAACCGCACCCUGAAGGACCUCCUCGACUGCCGUAGCUUGGGAAAUACGGGAUUCUUUGAUAGCUUUGGUGACGUCUUUACCGUGCAGGAGCAGGCCAGAGACCUUGCCGGGCGGCUGGAUACCUUCGGGUGGGAUGAUCUCCUCCUAGAGCGGCGCGACGAAUUGGUCGUGAAAAUUCGUGAUGCCCUGAACAUCUUGAUAUGUUCGCCGGUUGGCCACCUCUCAGUCGAGAACCGCAUCAAGGAUCUGAUCAUCAGCAAAACCUUCGGCAUCGUAAAGCAGGCUUUUUCGACCGCCGGCAAAGAUCCAAAUGAACAGGCGGUUCGUAGGGAAGUCGACAAGCUGUAUCCCGCGGAAGUCCAGCACCUUGACGCUGCUCGCGUUGUUGGAAUAGUGGAGACAUAUUAUAAGACCACCAUGGUUGCCUUUGUUGGCUACGUUAACUCCCUCGUCGUCGAGAGCGGCAUUCUGCGACAGCUUCCGAAUGCCAUUUUCAGCCAAGAAGGCAUGCUAGACGCAAACCAGGAGACAAUCAACGAGAUAGCCGCGGAAGAAGAAGGCGAAGCCAAACAGCGCGAAGAGGAUAAGCGGAAUUUGAAUACUCUGAGACGGAUCUUGAAGAUAUUGGAAGAAGGCCUAAAAUAG